CGACGGUCGUUCAUUAUCAGAGCUACUCCACAUCCAUUGGGAUAUAUUACUAUUAUAUCGCUUCUGGCCUCAGCUUCUUUGCUUACAGAAGCCAGAGUCUCUGAUUGCUCUUUCGUACGCCAUGUCUCUAACCCGCUGCGGCCGACAAGCGUCGCGGCUCAUCCCCCUCUCCAGCAGCUGCGCCAGAGCUGCUGCUACUGCCCGCUCCAGAUUCCAGCCAGAGCACCCAUCUAGAAUCGCUUCCCAAUGGCGCGCCGUAUCUUCUAGUCAAGAUGGACAGCACAGCCUCCUCUCCGCACACCUCGAGGAGGCCGACCCCACAGUUUACAGCAUAUUGCAAAAGGAGAAAAAACGCCAGAAGCAUUUUAUCAACCUGAUCCCCUCGGAGAACUUCACGUCGCAGGCCGUCCUCGAUGCCCUUGGCAGUGUGAUGCAAAAUAAAUAUUCAGAAGGAUAUCCGGGAGCGCGAUACUAUGGAGGUAACCAGUACAUUGAUGAAGCGGAGCGACUCUGUCAGCAGCGUGCCUUGGAGACCUUCCGGCUGAACCCUGAGGAGUGGGGUGUGAAUGUGCAACCUCUUUCUGGAUCUCCCGCAAACCUCUAUGCCUAUUCAGCGCUUUUGAACACUCACGACCGCAUUAUGGGACUGGACCUUCCCCAUGGGGGUCACCUGUCGCACGGUUACCAGACCCCCACAAAGAAGAUCUCCGCCAUCUCGAAGUACUUUGAGACCCUUCCAUACCGUCUCGAUGAGUCGACCGGCCUCAUCGACUACAACAAGCUGGAGGAGCUUGCGCAGUUGUACCGUCCCAAGCUCAUCGUUGCGGGUACCUCCGCAUACAGCAGAUUGAUUGAUUACCCGAGAAUGCGCCAGAUUGCGGACUCUAUCGGAGCCUACCUGCUCAGCGAUAUGGCCCAUAUCUCGGGACUUGUUGCUGCCGAUGUCAUCCCAUCCCCAUUCCCGCACUCUGAUGUGGUCACGACCACGACUCACAAAUCUUUGCGUGGACCGCGUGGUGCUAUGAUCUUCUAUCGCAAGGGCGUCCGCCGGACGGACAAGAAGGGCAACCAGGAGCUAUAUGACCUCGAGAACCCGAUCAAUGCAUCGGUCUUCCCGGGACACCAGGGUGGACCCCACAACCACACCAUCACUGCGCUGGCCGUCGCGCUCAACCAGGCUCAGUCGAAGGAAUUCAAGACUUACCAGCAGACGGUCCUGGCCAACGCCCAGGCUCUUGCGGAGAGACUGGGUAACCCCACCAGCAACGGAGGAUUGGGAUACAACAUCGUGUCUGGUGGCACCGACAACCACCUGGUUUUGCUUGACCUCAAGAACCGUGGCGUCGACGGUGCCCGAGUUGAGCGUGUUCUCGAGCUGUGCGGUGUUGCCAGCAAUAAGAACACCGUUCCCGGAGACAAGUCGGCCCUGAAGCCUGGCGGUCUUAGACUCGGAACCCCUGCCAUGACUUCCCGUGGUUUCCAGCCUGAGGAUUUCCGCCGUGUGGCCGAGAUCGUUGACCGUGCAGUGACUAUCACGCAGAAGCUGGACAAGGCGGCCAAGGAGAGUGCCGAGUCCAAGGGCCGCAAGAACCCGGCCAGCGUCAAGGCUUUCCUGGAGUACGUUGGCGAGGGCGAGGAGAUCUCGGAGAUUGUGCUGCUGAGAAAGGAAGUUGAAGACUGGGUCGGAACUUUCAGCCUUCCAUGGGCCAAGGAGGGCGAGUAAAUGAUGCGACGGAUAUGAUUUGAUUUACCUGGGUCAACCCUAAUGACUGAUAAGUUUCGCCUUUCCAGCUCCCUCUGUCAUUGUUUGUUGGCAAGCGACUGUGAGCACACGAAGACGAAUGCACUGUACUGUACUAUGACCUCAUCCCGUCUGGAGAAUAUACUUU